AUGAACCCCGGUGGUUCCGUAAAAGACAGAGCUGCGUUAUAUGUAGUGAAGGACGCUGAAGAGUGUGGUUUACUCAAACCGGGCGGUACAGUCGUCGAAGGCACAGCUGGUAAUACCGGAAUCGGACUCGCGCACGUCUGUCGAUCAAAAGGGUAUAAAUGCGUGAUAUACAUGCCGAACACGCAAAGUCAAGAAAAAAUCGACUUGCUUCGAAUGUUAGGUGCUGAAGUCUAUCCGGUUCCUGCAGUCCCAUUUGAAGAUCCGGCAAAUUAUAACCACCAAGCCAAACGACAUGCAGAAAAACUGUCGAACGCUGUAUGGACCAAUCAGUUUGAUAACACAAGCAAUCGUCGUGCGCAUUAUGAAACGACUGGACCCGAGAUAUGGGAUCAGACAGACGGCACUGUUGACGGUUUUACGUGUGCUACUGGUACUGCGGGAACGUUAGCCGGAGUUACUAAAUUUUUGAAAGAGAAAAAUCCCAAUAUUAAAUGUUUUCUGGCCGAUCCGCCUGGAAGCGUGUUAUACCAUUAUGUAAAAAGUGGAGGUGCCUUGUUGGAGAGAAGCGGAACCAGUAUUACGGAGGGAAUAGGGCAAGGAAGAGUAACGGACAAUUUGAAGGAAGAUAUCGGUUCGAUGGAUGAUGCCAUGCAAAUACCGGAUGAAAAAAGCAUUGAAAUGGUAUAUCGUUUGUUAGAUGAAGAAGGAUUGUAUGUGGGUGCGUCUACUGCAUUGAACGUCGUUGCUGCCGCGGAGAUGGCUAAGAUUCUUGGCCCGGGGAAGAAAAUUGUAACUAUUCUUUGCGAUGGAGCUUAUAGAUAUCAGUCGAGAUUAUUCAGUCGCCAGUGGCUAGAAAGCAAGAAUCUUUUGAAUGCUAUUCCUGACCAUUUACAGAAAUAUAUAGUAUUACCAUGA